UUGUAGAGUCAAGAUGGCAAUAGAGCGCAGAAUGCUCGGAAUAUUUGUGUUGCUGCUCGCAUGGGCGAAUUCACAAAGCACACCAAUUACACAGAUGCCUCAAAACACGCUGCAAAACUUCACACAAAUCGGCAGCAAACUCUACUAUAUCGAGCAGUCGUCGAAAUCGAAUUGGUUCUUGGCGGCCGAUAAGUGUCGGCAACUCAAUGGCACUUUGGCGAAUUUGGUCGACGAAGAGGAAUUGCUCGAGCUGAGCCGCAAACUCAAUCCGUCAAGCAGCUAUUGGCUAGGCGUUAACGAUCUGGCCAUCCAAGGUGUCUACACAGCCCAGGCUACUGGCUACGAGGCUGAGUUCUUAAACUGGGCUGCCGGGCAACCGGAUAACAUUGGCGGCAAGGAGCAUUGUGUGGAAUUAUGGUACGACCUAAAUGUAUUCCGUAUGAAUGACGCUUCCUGUGAGAUUCCAUUUCUAUUUAUAUGCGAGGGACACGAAAAAAGCAAUAUGUGUUAACGUAAAACAAAUUUCAGAAAACACAGUUCUUGCUCAACUAAAGCUAUGGGUAGAAAAUUAGAAUAACAUUAUAUUCAUAAUCCGACAAUUUAUUGUACAUACAAACUUUAUCUGACCACGCCUUAGAAGUUUGAACGAAAACCGGCAACCAUUUGAAACUUGAAUAAAUAUUUUCUACUAAUUUA